AUGUUAUUGCCAAAUUCGAAUUACAAACUUGAUUGCGAAGGGGCCUUUCCCGAUCCUACUGAAGAUGUAUUUUGGCAAAAAGUUUCAACCGUAAUAAACGAAAAUGAUUCCAAUAAUAUUGAUGCAGUAUGGAACCCAUAUAAAAAAGAUUUGAAUCAAAGACGAAAGGAUGAAGAUAUCGUAAUAGCGCCACCGCCUUCUCAUCCUGUUACCAACAAUUAUGCAAGGCAUUCACGCAAGAAUAGUAAAGUAUCUUGGGAAUUACAGACCGAUUCGGAACGUCAUGUGGAAUUACUAGAAACGAAAUUAAUUGAACUCAAGUCAAAUCAUAAAAGAACUCAUACAAGGUCCAGUACGGUGGACUUUGAUGGUACACCGCUAUCAACUUUGGGAUAUUAUUCAGAAGAAGAGAUAGGAGCAGGAACAAUGUUUGAGGAAGAGGAAGAAACGGAUUUACAUCCUGAUAAUCAUAAUCCACAAGAGUCUGAUGAAGGAUUAUGGUUAUUAUGGAAAAAUCAAUCAAUGAAUGAAUUUCAGGAUGAAGAUAAUGAUGAAAUCUUCACGCCAACAGGUCAACUAUGGUAUCUAACUUUACCCAUGUUAUCCAGGUCAAGAUUCAUCAACACCAGCAACAAUGAUAAUGAUCUAUUGAGAAGGCCAAGGAUGAGAAAUGAAAAUUAUGUUACUAACUAUCGGGAGGAUUCAACCAAAAGAAAGAAGGAGAUAGAAUAUUUGAAAUUUAAUUUAAGAAGUUAUGAAUGUUGUGGUUGUAAUACAACUAAUGGUUUAUGCGCUGAUUUAUGGAAUAGUUGGUGUUGUAAUUUGGUUUGUAUACCUACAAUAUUAUUUAUUAGGGGAAAAUGUUGUGGUAUUUGUGGUUUAGAAGAUGAUUGA